AUGGAGGAGCUGACGGCGUUUGUCUCCAAGUCGUUUGAUCCCAAAGCGAAGGAGAAGAAGGAGCUCAUCACCUACCGCGAGGUGCUGGAGAGCGGGCCCCUGCGCGGCGGCGGACCGCGGGAGACCGGCGGAACCGCGGCGGAACCGGGCCGCGACGAGGCGGGCAGCCCCACGGCGCGGGCGGGCGGCGGGCGGUCCCCGCCGCGGGAGCCCGACGCCGCCGCCGCCGAGAGAGCCGCCGAGGCGGCCACCCCCAAGCUCAGCGACGUCUCCCCAGAGCUGAAGGACCGCAAGGAGGAUGCGAAAGCAAUGGAAGACGAAGGGCAGACGAAAAUCAAGCAGAGGAGGAGCCGGACGAAUUUCACCCUGGAGCAGCUGAACGAGCUGGAGAGGCUUUUCGACGAGACCCACUACCCGGACGCCUUCAUGCGGGAGGAGCUGAGCCAGAGGCUGGGGCUGUCCGAGGCCAGGGUGCAGGUCUGGUUCCAGAACCGAAGAGCCAAAUGCCGAAAGCAAGAAAACCAACUCCACAAAGGGGUGCUGAUCGGCGCCGCCAGCCAGUUCGAAGCCUGCCGGGUGGCCCCGUACGUGAACGUGGGCGCGCUGCGGAUGCCCUUCCAGCAGGCAAGUCGCUGCCACGCGCCGCCUUUCUCCCGGCAGGUUCAGGCGCAGCUGCAGCUGGACAGCGCCGUGGCCCACGCGCAUCACCACCUCCACCCGCACCUGGCCCACGCACCCUACAUGAUGUUCCCCGCUCCCCCCUUCGGGCUACCGCUGGCCACGCUGGCCGAGUCCGCCUCCGCCGCCUCCGUGGUGGCCGCCGCCGCCGCCGCCAAGACCACCAGCAAGAACUCCAGCAUCGCCGACCUCCGCCUGAAGGCCAAGAAACACGCCGCCGCCCUGGGGCUGUGA